CACAGCGAUUUCGGAGUCAGUAAUGGGACAGGAGUUUUCUGGCACGGACCAAACGGGACGUCGGGUCAUGGGUCUCGUCUCCGGCCAGGCUUUGGCUACCGUGGUUGCCGCAGACCCCGUUCUUCUGUGGGAAGUGCCUGACGCGUGGACCAUGACAGAGGCGUCAACCGUUCCUCUCUCUUACGCAACCGUUUACCAUGCUCUCUUGGGGCGAGGUAAGAUGCGGCCUGGUGAAUCCGUCCUCGUGCACAGCGGCAGCGGAUGCUUUGGGCAGGCCGCCAUUUCCGUCGCUCUGUCUAUGGGCUGCACCGUCUUCGCUAGUGUUGGUUCCUCAAAGGAAAAGCAGUUUCUGAAGGAACGCUUCUCCCAACUGGAAGACGGGUACAUUGUAAACUACAAUGGUCUUUGCUUGGAAGAAUACAUCUUCGGUCAAACCAAAGAUAAAGGAGUGGACAUCGUCUUCCACAGUCUGCACGGUGCAAAUAGAGACGUCAUCGUUCACUGCCUGGCUCCCAACGGUCGCUACCUUUUUAUCGACGCCGCGGGCAUCUCCUCAACUCACCCACCUCAAGGACUCUCUUCAAAACGCAAAGUCGUCGACGUCAUCCCCAUUCGGGCGGAUGCCCUGCACGCGAACGAUCCCAGUGCCGCGGAGGAGAGGCGGCGUAUAGCUGAACUAGUGCGCGGGGGUAUCGCAUCGGGUGCCGUGAAGCCGCUGCCUGUCGCGGUAUUUCCACGAGACGAGGUUGUGCGUGCCUUCACGGCAGAAACCUGCGAAGGGAUCACCAACAAAGUUGUACUCCAGGUGCGAGAAGACACAAGCCACCAAAGCGGAGACAGCAGUUCACCCUUCACCGUAGAAGCCAUCGCCCGCACGUACUUCUACAGGCACAAAGCGUACGUCGUUGUUGGAGACGUGAGCAGCUUUGCUCUGGAGUUCGUGGACUGGAUGGUGACCAGAGGCUGCCGGAAGCUUCUUCUCUCCGGAGGCCGCGCAAUGGUCACGGGCUAUCAACGUCUUUGUCUGCACCGGUGGCGAACAGCAGGCGCCUCGGUUGUCGUCAGCGAAGUCGACGUGUCAUCGCCGCAAGGUGCUCUGCAGGUCAUCAAGGAAGCCGAGGCAAUGGGCCCGGUUGGCGGAAUCUUCAACGUUUCUCUGUGUCACGAAGAUGCCUGGGUAGCCGAUCAAAGGACUGAGGUGCACCACGCGGACUACAAGAUCAAGGUCGACGGCACGCGGCAUCUGGACGAACACUCCCGGAAACUGUGCCCGCAGCUCGACCACUUCGUCGUCUUCUCUUCGGUGUGCUCUGGUCGCGGAACGUCGGGGAGGUCUCUAUCCGGCUACGUCGACUCCACAUUAGAACGCUUGUGCGAGCGCCGCGCUGCAGACGGGCUUCCCGGACUGGCCAUCCAAUGGGGUUCCAUCGAUGGAGGCUACCUCAAUAACAAUUCCCAGAGCCCACAAACGAUGUUCGAGGGAACACAACCCCAGCGAAUCAAGUCUUUCUUGGAUGUCAUGGAGAGGUUCCUUAACCAAAGCCACCCCCGUAGUCUCCAGCUUGGUCAAGGCUGAAGUCGAUUCCAGUUCAGAGAAGAAGCCAGAAAAGAACCACCUCGUUGACGCGGUGACACGAAUUCUUGGCUUCCAAGAUUCGUCGACGCUGAACCAAAACAGCAAUCUCGGCGAGUUAGGCUUAGACUCCAUCAUGGGCGUUCAAAUACUAACGGUCAUCGAGAAGUGCACGGGCCUGGCUCUCUCUGUGCAAGGAAUACGCCAGAUCACCCUCAACGGGCUGCGCGAAAUGAGCAAACAAGAACGUGCAAACUAAAGUUGAUCGAGUCAUCUUUCAUGAGGAGGAGGUGGGCCGGAGAUAAUGUGAAAUACCUUGUACGUCACCACAAUGAGACACCGAAACACUUAAAAAUAAAAUAUC